UUUUAGUGGAAUGUAGUAUAUAUAGAAUAAAAUACAGAUUUAGUUUUGUUUUGAAGAGUAGAUAGAAUAUAGAUAGAUAAUAAAGAAUGGGAAUAGAAGUAAAUUAUGUAAAGUUUAUGAAGGGAAUGAGAUUAAUUAGGGCAAAGGGAAAGGAAAAAAAGAAGUUGAGUGAUGACUUUAGUGUAUCUGAGCAAGUUAGGGUUGUUUUCUGGGUGAUGAGCACACAGGCUGGACUAUUUUAUUUAUUCCAAUUUUGUAUAGUGGUUGCGCUUGUGUUUGUGUCAGUCUCCUCCUUCUCCCUCAGAAUUCGCAAUGCUGCCUCAGAAGCACACUCUGGUGGCGACACUGGCUGUGGUGCUCGCAGUAGCACAAGCAGUAGAUCUGGCUUCCGAGCGAGCCGCAUUGCUCGCUCUCCGUUCCGCCGUGGGAGGCCGAACCCUCUUCUGGAACGCCACCAGGGAGAGCCCCUGCAAUUGGGCCGGGGUCCAAUGCGAGCACGACCACGUCGUCGAGCUUCACCUCCCCGGUGUCGCUCUCUCCGGCGAAAUCCCGGUCGGUAUAUUCGGGAAUCUGACCCAGCUCCGAACCCUUAGUCUCCGUUUCAACGCACUCCGAGGUUCCCUCCCUUCAGAUCUGGCCUCCUGCGUCAACCUCCGCAACCUCUACAUUCAGCGCAACUUGCUCAGCGGCCAAAUCCCACCCUUUCUGUUUGAUUUUGCGGACCUGGUUCGCUUGAACUUGGGCUUCAACAACUUCUCCGGGCCCUUUCCCACCGCCUUCAACAGCCUCACCCGCUUGAAAACUUUGUUUCUCGAAAACAACCAGCUCUCCGGCCCAAUCCCCGACCUGGACAAACUCACCCUCGACCAGUUCAACGUCUCCGACAACCUCCUCAACGGCUCUGUCCCUCUUAAGCUUCAGGCAUUCCCUCCGGACUCUUUUCUAGGUAACUCCCUCUGUGGCCGCCCACUCUCUCUCUGUCCCGGAGAUGUUGCCGAUCCUCUCUCCGUCGACAACAACGCCAAGGACAGCAACACCAACAACAAGAGCAAGUUGUCCGGGGGCGCCAUAGCGGGAAUUGUUGUCGGAUCGGUGGUGUUUCUUCUCUUGCUUGUGUUCCUCUUCAUUUUCCUGUGCAGGAACAAGAGUGCCAAGAAUACCAGCGCCGUCGACAUUGCCACUGUCAAACAUCCUGAGACGGAGUCCAAAGUUCUUGCCGACAAGGGGGUCGCCGAUGUCGAGAACGGCGCUGGUCAUGCUAAUGGCAACUCUGCGGUCGCAGCUGUGGCGGUGGGGAAUGGCGGUAGCAAGGCGGCGGAAGGGAACGCGAAGAAGUUGGUGUUUUUUGGGAAUGCGGCGAGGGCGUUUGAUUUGGAAGAUUUGCUUAGGGCUUCGGCGGAGGUUUUGGGGAAAGGGACUUUCGGGACGGCGUACAAGGCGGUGUUGGAGGCGGGGCCGGUGGUGGCCGUGAAGAGGUUGAAGGACGUGACCAUUUCGGAGAAGGAAUUUAGGGAGAAGAUUGAGGCGGUGGGAGCGAUGGAUCACGAGAGUUUGGUGCCUCUCAGGGCUUACUAUUUCAGCAGGGAUGAGAAGCUCCUCGUCUAUGAUUACAUGUCCAUGGGAAGCUUGUCUGCGCUUUUACAUGGAAACAAAGGAGCUGGUAGGACACCACUGAAUUGGGAAGUGAGAUCAGGCAUUGCACUUGGAGCUGCCCGUGGCAUUGAGUACCUACAUUCACGAGGGCCUAAUGUUUCUCAUGGAAAUAUCAAGUCAUCAAACAUCCUCUUAACCAAAUCAUAUGAUGCGAGAGUGUCUGACUUUGGCCUUGCACACCUUGUUAGCCCCUCCUCUACCCCUAACCGUGUGGCCGGCUACCGUGCACCGGAGGUGACUGAUCCUCGCAAGGUGUCUCAGAAGGUAGAUGUGUACAGUUUUGGUGUGUUGCUCUUGGAACUUCUGACUGGGAAGGCACCUACCCAUGCUCUCCUGAAUGAGGAAGGAGUGGACCUCCCCAGAUGGGUUCAAUCUGUGGUUAGAGAAGAGUGGACUUCUGAGGUCUUUGAUCUUGAGCUCCUUAGGUAUCAGAAUGUGGAAGAGGAGAUGGUUCAGUUGUUGCAACUUGCAGUAGAUUGUGCAGCACAAUACCCUGACAUGCGCCCUUCAAUGUCUGAAGUGGUAAGGCGCAUACAAGAGUUGCGAAGGUCUAGCUUGAAAGAGGAGGACCAGGACCAAAUCCAACAUGACAAUGAUAUACAGUUAUAGAAGAACAUGUAUCUUCUCCCAUAUUUUUACUUGCUAAAUCCUGUGCGUAAGUUGCUUGUAUUCUGUUGUUAGCUUGGGCCGGCCUCAAAUUUCUUUCCUUGGCACCAAACUUUUGAAUUUUCUUCCUCCUCAAAUCUCCAUUGUGCCAUCUCCCCCCUUUUCCUUCCCAAUCAAUACAUUGGGGGGAAGUGGAUAUCUGUUCCAUUAGUUAUUGUUGGAUUCUGGUUGAUUGUAAUUAUUACUUCUGCUUUAACAUGCCUUUUACUUUUGUUGAAACCUUAUUAUGUCUGUUGAAAAUUUGUAAUUGAGAUGUUAUAGUAGCUGUCGUUGGAUGGUUGGUUGCGAUGUCU